GCUCGCGAUUUCGCGUCAGUCGGGAGCGUGCCGCCGAGCCAAGCGCUCGCCACCGCCCCGUAGCGCGCAACGAGCGCGGAUAUCGUCAUCCGGUCGCGUACGAGCAUUCGCCCACGGCGCGGACCCCGGAUUCCCCGUGAGGAGCCCGUGCGAUGGGUGAUGGUGCCAAGAUGAUAUCGUGGCGGAUAGUGGCAGCAUUGGCGCUGCUGGCGGUGGCCGGUUGCGAGCCGCGCUACCCGCAGAGCACGCUGCGCCCGCGCCACUGGCAGCGCGGUCCGAGGACGCUCGACGAUCGCACUACCAAACAGUUUGUUGGCCCCAACGUGUGCCGCAGCCGUAACAGUACGCAUUGCUGUCCUGGCUGGACCUCCAGGCCAAACUCUUUACUCUGUCUUGUUCCGAUAUGUCGCCCGGACUGCGGCUCGCCGGGCGCUUGCAUAGCGCCCAACAUGUGCCGCUGUCCCGGAGGAAUGGAGGCGCCCUCCUGUGGAGUGGGAGGGAUGUACCCUUACCCUGCGCGUACGCAGGGUGGCUGUAGACGGAUCUGUAUGAACGGCGGCACUUGCACCAACGGCACCUGCGCGUGCGCGCCCGGCUGGAGCGGCGAGUUCUGUACCGAACCGAUUUGUCGUGAGCCAUGUCUGCACGGCGGGCGAUGUAUAGCACCCGACAGAUGUGUGUGUUUCCACGGCCUGUCCGGCACGAGGUGUGAGAUCGACAGACGAACUGGUCCGUGCUACACGGAGCAGCGCGGCGCGCUGUGCACGGGCGCGCUGGAGGGCGUGGUGUGCACCAAGCAGCUGUGCUGCGCCACCGUGGGGCUCGCCUGGGGACACCCCUGCGAACACUGCGGCGAGCUCGACUGCCCGCACGGACAUCUGCGCAACCUCGCCACCAAGGAGUGCCAGGACAUCGACGAGUGCGCGGCGGUGCCGGGGCUGUGCCAGGGCGGGCGCUGCGUGAACUCCGUGGGCUCGUUCGCGUGCGAGUGUCCGCCCGGCCAGCGCCGCCACCGCACCACCAACAACUGCGAGGACAUCGACGAGUGCGAGGACCCCGACAUCUGCCCAAACGGCAAAUGUGUCAACACGGAGGGUGAUUACUACUGUCUUUGUAAUCCCCACUUCAUCCCCACGCCGGAUAAAAAGUACUGUAUGGACGGUCGCGUGGGCAGCUGCUUCGCGUACCUGAGCGAGACGGGCGAGUGCGCCGAGCGGCUCCCCGUGCCGCUCUCCAACCGCGACUGCUGCUGCGGCCGCAACAUGGGCCGCGCCUGGGGAGACCUCUGCGCGCCCUGCCCGCCGCGCGGCUCCACGGAGUGGUCGCACCUGUGCGUGAGCGGGUCGGUGCCGCCGAGCUGGCGCCGCAACGUGACGGAGGGGGGCGGCGCGGGCGGCGGCGGCGGCGAGGGCGGGGAGGAGCCGCCGCGCGAGAUCGCGCUCAUCAACGAGUGCAUGCUGCGCGCCGGCAUCUGCGGGCUCGGGGACUGCGUCGACAAGGACGUCGGAUACCAAUGCAAGUGCUACGACGGCGCCGAGGAAGCGGAGGUGGACGGCAACCCGACCUGCAUCGACAUCGACGAGUGCGCGCUCGAGUACUGCAAGGGCGGCACCUGCACCAACAAGCCCGGCGGAUUCGAGUGCAGAUGCCCGCCCGGAUUCGAUCCAGUGGAGAACGGUCUUCGCUGCAGCGACAAGAACGAGUGCGAGAUGACCAACGGACGCAUGUGCACCAACGGAGUGUGCCGGCACGACGGCAGCGGGUGGUCGUGCAUGUGCAACGCUGGCUACGAGUCUACGGAGACGGGGCACGCGUGCCGCGACGUGGACGAGUGCCGCGACAACCCGCGCGUGUGCCGGCGCGGGCGCUGCCGCAACACGCCGGGCGGCUACACGUGCCUGUGCGAGCGCGGCUUCGCGCCCGGCGCCGCCGGCUACUGCGCCGACAUCGACGAGUGCGCCGAGCGCGGCGCCUGCGCGGGCGGACGCUGUGUUAACGGAGAGGGAUCCUUCCAGUGCGUGUGCGACGCGGGCUACCGUCCGUCGCCGGCGCGCACGGCGUGCCUGGACGUGGACGAGUGCGUGGAGCAGCGCGUGUGCCGCAACGGGCGCUGCCACAACACGCCCGGCUCGUUCCGCUGCGACUGCCUGCCCGGCUUCACGCUGGCCAGCGACGGCCGCGCCUGUCUCGACGACGUGCAGGACCUCUGCUACGACCACUACGACGACGGACACUGCACCGGACACGGCGACAGCCCCGUCACCAGGAGCCAGUGUUGCUGCAACUCUAUUAAAGGUAAACGCGGUUGGGGAGUGAGUUGCAAGGCAUGCCCUGAGCCUGGUAGCGAGGAGUUCAAAGUGUUGUGUCCGGACGGCGUGGGCAAAGACAACGUGGGCACGGACAUCAACGAGUGCACCCUGAUCCCGGGCGCGUGUCCGCACGGCAGCUGCGAGAACUUGGAGCCAGGGUACCGGUGCAUAUGCGACCCCGGGUACCACCACGACGCGGACGGCACUUGCCGGGACAUCGACGAGUGCGACAUGCAUCAGUCGUACUGCACGGGCGGCACGUGCCGCAACACGCCGGGCAGCUUCACGUGCGUGUGCCCGACCGGCACGCGCUACGAGCCCGACGACCAGAUCUGCCGCGACAUUGACGAGUGCGAGGGUGAGCUCACUUACACGGACUAUGACCGCGGCGACAUACCGCCCAUGUUCCCAAACACAGAGCAAGCGAACCCGUGUGACAACGGUCGGUGUAUCAACACGCGCGGCAGCUACGAGUGCGAGUGUGAGCUCGGGUUCGUGCUCGACGCGACCGCACAACACUGUGUCGACAACCGUCGCGGGUCUUGCUGGCGGCGCGUAGUAGACGGGUCAUGCGAGGGCGCGGCCCCCCGCCCGCUGCUGCUGCAGGAGUGCUGCUGCAGCGUGGGGCUGGCGUGGGGCUCGCCGUGCGCGCCGUGCGAGCCGGCGCACUGCCCCUGCAGCAAGGGGUUCGCGCGGCUCGACGGCGCCACGUGCCGCGACAUCGACGAGUGCGCGCUCGACCCCGACCUGUGCGUCGGCGGCCGCUGCCUCAACACCGACGGCUCCUACCGCUGCGAGUGCCCGCCCGGCCUCACGCUCGACGAACACGGCAACCGCUGCGUCGACACGCGCCGCGAGUACUGCUACACCGAGUACGUCGGCGGACGCUGUGCCAAUCCCAUGAAGGUGGAGGUGCAUCGCGCUGUGUGCUGCUGCUCCUCGCUCGGACGCGCCUGGGGAGACAGUCGCUGCGAACCAUGCCCUAAGAAAGGAACGGACGCAUACCGCAGUCUCUGCAUAUCGGACGUGACCGGUCUACCGCCCACCAUCCGUGAGUGGCCACUAAUGGGCAACGAGUCAGGCAUCGGUGGCGGCAUCGGCAUCGGCAUAGGCGGUGGCGGGAGCGGCGGUGGCGACGGGAUGGAUAUCGGCGGCGGAGUAGUCGGUGGAGUGGGCGGAGGAGGAGUGAUCGGCGUCGGCGAGCAGCAGGUCGAAGUGAACGAGUGCGCCGCCUUCCCCGGUCUCUGUGGGCACGGCCGGUGUCGCGAUCUCGUCGGCACAUUUACCUGUGACUGUUUCCCUGGAUAUGAGAAGGACUCUAAGAACCACACGUGCGUGGACGUGAACGAGUGCGAGAUCGUGGACGGCGUGUGCCGCGACGGCGAGUGUCGCAACACCGAGGGCGGCUUCACGUGCCACUGCCACGCCGGCUUCAGGGCCGACGAACUCUCCAAAGUGUGUGUCGACGUGAACGAGUGCGCGGACGAGCCGUCGCUGUGCCGCGGCGGGCGCUGCGUGAACACGCCGGGCUCGUUCCGCUGCGAGUGCGGCGCCGGCAUGGAGCUCGCGCCCGACCGCCUCUCCUGCAAGGACGUCGACGAGUGCUCCAUCACCUCCGGCAUCUGCAGCAACGGCGCCUGCGAGAACCUCAUGGGCACCUACCAGUGCGUCUGCGACGAAGGCUACGCGCAGAUGUCCGUCAAGUCGCACUGUGACGACAUCGACGAGUGCGCCGAGGACCCCACGCGCUGCCAACACGACUGUGUCAAUACGCCUGGAUCAUAUCACUGUACUUGCAAGGAGGGCUGGCACCUGCGCGCGGACGGGCGCUCGUGCCGCGACGUGGACGAGUGCGCGGGCGGCGCGCGGCCGUGCGGCGGCGGCACGUGCCGCAACACGCCCGGCUCCUACCGCUGCACCUGCGCCGACGGCCUGCUGCCCGCGCCCGACGGCGCCAAGCCCACCUGCCAGGACAUCGACGAGUGCGCCGACGUACCGGAGCUGUGCGGCGCGGGCGAGUGUCGCAACACGAUCGGCAGCUUCGUGUGCCGCUGCCCCGACGGGUACAGCGUGAAGCCGGAGCAGGGCCCCGCCUGCACCGACGACGACGAGUGCGAGCUCGGCACCUGCGACUGUCAUCCUGCCGCCGACUGCAUCAACCUGCCGGGUUCGUUCCAGUGCCGCUGCCGCGACGGCUGGCGCGGCGACGGCACGGAGUGCGAGGACGUGGACGAGUGCCUCACCAACAACGGCGGCUGCCACCCGCGCGCCACCUGCCGCAACACCGAUGGAUCCUUCCAGUGCCUGUGUGAUACCGGAUAUAAGGGUGACGGGUACUCGUGCGUGGACAUCGACGAGUGCGCGAACGACCCGACGCUGUGCGAGAACGGGCACUGCACCAACACGCCCGGCGGCUACGAGUGCGACUGCGACGUCGGCUUCACCAAGUCGCCCGACGGCAAGUCCUGUCUCGAUAUGGACGAGUGCGCGACGUUCGACAACGUGUGCGUGUUCGGUAAAUGCGUGAACACGUACGGCAUGUUCAAGUGCAUCUGCGACAAGGGAUACCAGUCCGAUAGCGUCGACGAUCUGAUGCCCGGAUUUAACUGCACGGACGUGGACGAGUGCAAGUCGCCGCAGUCGUGUCAGUACGGCGAGUGCAUCAACACGCAGGGCUCGUACAUAUGUCGCUGUCCACCCAACUACGAGCUCGUGUCCGACGGCACCGCUUGCUUUGAUCCUCGGAAGGCGCGGUGUUACGGCAAGGUGGACCUGCGCUCGGGCACUGAGACCUGCCAGGAACGCGACGAGCUGUCCGAAGACGGCACCAUGGCCGCUUGUUGCUGUUCUGUUGGUGCCGCGUGGGGCAACUAUUGCGAUCUGUGUCCCGAGCCGGGAUCCGAGGCGUACAGGCAGCUUUGUCCCGGCGGCGUCGGAUAUCAACCUGUUCUUGAACCGCCGUCGUACGUGGUGACGCUGGCGGACAUCAACGAGUGCGCGCAGCACCCGGCGCUGUGCGCGGGCGGCGCCUGCACCAACACCUUCGGCUCCUUCGUGUGCUCGUGCGGCGCGGGCUGGGCGCUGGCGCCCGACGGCCGCCGCUGCGACGACCUGGACGAGUGCGUGUCCUCGCCCUGCGGGCCCGGCCUGUGCCGCAACCUGCCCGGCUCCUACGUCUGUCUGUGCCCCGAGGGAUACGUCGCCAUGCCCGACGGCAAGGAAUGCGUGGACGUUCGUCAGCGUCAAUGCUACUUGAACAUAGAGCCGUCGGGCCGAUGCUCGGAAGCCGUGGGCGUGCCGCAGUUGAAGUACCUGUGCUGCUGCUCCGUGGGUCGCGCGUGGGGCGAGGACUGCGAGCCGUGUCCCGACAAGGGCUCGCGUGAACACGUGGCGCUCUGCGGCUCCGAGCCCAGCACCUACAUCGACCCCGAGACCAACAAGACGCGGCCCAUCGACGAGUGCGAGAUCAUGCCGCAGCUCUGUAAACCAGGCUCCUGUCACGAUACCGCUACAGGAUUCCAAUGCUCUUGUGAUCAUGGAUAUGAACAUGACAACACGUCGCACCAGUGUCGCGACAUCGAUGAGUGUCUCGAGGGUGGCGUGUGUCGCGGACUGGCGCAGUGUGUGAACCUGCCCGGCGCGUACGAGUGUCGCUGUCCCGCCGGAUAUGCGCUGGCGCCGUCGCUCGAUACCUGCGAUGAUGUCGACGAGUGUGCUGAAAGUAGGCUCUGCGACCACGGUGACUGCCGCAACACUGUCGGCUCUUACAGAUGCGAGUGUGCGCCGGGCUACACGCUGCGCGACAACGUGUGCCGCGACGUGGACGAGUGCGCGCGCCCGCGCCCCAUGUGCCGCAACGGCACCUGCGAGAACCUGCCCGGCGCCUACACCUGCCACUGCGACGACGGCUUCAAGCUCGGGCCCAACAACGACUGCGUCGACAUCAACGAGUGUCGCGAGGGCAGCAUGGUGUGCCGCAACGGCCGGUGCCGCAACACGGCGGGCUCGUUCCGCUGCGAGUGCGCGGCGGGCUACACGCUGACGGCGGACGCGCGCCACUGCCGCGACGUCGACGAGUGCUCCGAGCUGCAGCUGCCCUGCGGCCGCGACGGCGACCCCGCCUGCACCAACACCAACGGAGGAUACGAGUGUUCGUGCGGGCCGGGCUGGCGGCUGGUGGGGCGGCGCUGCGUGGACCGCGACGAGUGCAAGGAGCUGCCGUACGUGUGCGCGGGCGGCGAGUGCCGCAACUUCAACGGCGGCUACAUGUGCGACUGCCCCGCCGGCUGGCGCUUCGACAAGCAAGCCGCCAUCUGCGUCGACGAACGCAAGGAGCUCUGUUACGAGCAGUGGGACGGCGGCCGCUGCCACCAGGCCAGGUCGCUGCUGCUCAGCAGGCCGGAGUGCUGCUGCUCUGAAGGUGCCGCAUGGGGUAGAUACUGCGAGCGCUGCCCUACACCGGAUUCACAGGAGUUCCUAAGAAUAUGUCUGGAAAUGGGAAGACUUAACACUACACAGGACGUGGACGAGUGCAAGGUGCGCCCGGACGUGUGCGUGGGCGGGCGCUGCGUGAACACGGACGGCUCGUUCCGCUGCGAGUGCCCCGCGGGCUACGCGCUGGACGCGUCGCGCCUGGCGUGCGCGGACGCCGACGAGUGCGCCGCCGACCCGCGCGUCUGCGGCAACGGCACCUGCACCAACACGCCCGGCGGCUACGAGUGCCGCUGCAACUACGGCUUCACGCAGGGACCCGACCAGACGUGCGUGGACGUGGACGAGUGCGCGGAGGGUCGCGCGACGUGCACGUUCCGCUGCCACAACACGGUGGGCUCGUUCCGCUGCACGUGCCCCUACGGGUACGCGGUGGCGGCCGACGGCGUGCACUGCCGCGACAUCGACGAGUGCGCCGCCGAGAACAAACCCUGUCCGCACGCCUGCGAGAACGUCGUGGGCUCCUACAUCUGCAAGUGUCCUGAAGGCUACCGCCGCACGUCGGCGCCGCACGACGCGCCCAACGCGUGCGAGGACAUCGACGAGUGCGCCGAGCGGCCCGACCGCUGCGCGCCCGGCGUCUGCAUCAACCAAGACGGCGGCUUCCUCUGCGACUGCGACUCCGGCUACGAGCCCAGCGACGACGGCACCGAGUGUCUGGACCACCGCACGGGCAUGUGCCACAGAUCUCUUGUCGCCGGCCGCUGUGUACCGGAACCAUGGCCCCGAACCAUCGCGUCCACACCGGUACCGCCAGCGCAUGUUACUAAGGCGCAGUGUUGCUGCACGCUGGGCGCGGCGUGGGGUCCGGAGUGCGAGCUGUGCCCGGCGCCGGGCUCGGCGGAGCGGCGCGAGCUGUGCAGCGGCGCCGGCCUCACCGGCGGCGGCAUCACCGGCGGCGGCGGCAUCGGCGGCGCGCUCGACGUGUUCGGCGACGUCGACGAGUGCGCCGCGCUGCCCACGCUCUGCGCGCCCGGACGCUGCGUCAACACCAUCGGCAGUUUCCGUUGCGUAUGCGGCCGUGGGUACAAGCCGGCGGGCGAGAUUUGCGCGGACGUGGACGAGUGCAGCGCCCGCGCGCCGCCGUGCGAGCAGCUGUGCCGCAACACGGAGGGCUCGUACGAGUGCCUGUGCCGCGCCGGCUACGAGCUCGACGAGGACGGCGCCAAUUGCCGCGACGUGGACGAGUGCGAGCGCGAGACACACACCUGCCAGCAGACCUGCUCCAACACCGAGGGAUCCUUCGAGUGCUCCUGCCACGAAGGAUAUGAGAAACGCGGCGAUGCUUGUGUUGAUAUCAACGAAUGCCUCGAGGAGGGUCUGUGCCCGACGCCGGGCAAGUGCGUGAACCUGCUGGGCUCGUACCGCUGCGUGUGCCCGCGCGGGUUCCGCCUCGACCUGGAGGGCACGCGCUGCCUCGACCGCGACGAGUGCGCCGACGGACGCUGCCAGUCGCCCUGCAGGAACUACGCCGGCGGGUACCGCUGCGACUGUCCACCUGGUUCUAUCCGCGGCGCGAGCGGGCUGUGCGUGCCGCAGGACCCGUGCGCGGCGAGUCCGUGCGGCGGCGCGCCGUGCUUCGCCGUCGCCGACAACUACCGCUGCGGCUGUCCCGCCGGCUACGGCUGGGACGCCGCGCACGCCGUCUGUCUGCAGCUGGCCGGCGGGUGUGCGACGGCGUCGUGCCUGUACGGGUGCACGCCGCUGGGCGCGUCGUUCCAGUGCGGCUGCCCGGCCGGCUACCGCGCGGUGGCGGGCCACUGCCUCACGGCGCUCGACGCCGCGCUCUCGCCCGACGACAUCGGCGACGCGCCCGUCUUCCCGCUCCGGGACCAGUACAAGAUCGGCGGCGACAAUGAGCUCAUCUCCAACGAGGGCUGCUUCUCGUGCAAGGUGAACGGACGCCGGCGCAGAGCUCCUGAUGAGGCGAUCAUAUACGCGAACGGAACUACUGUCAUGAGGAAACGAAAGAGGCGCAGCCGACGUCGUCGGUCGCUGCUGGAGCCGGAGGCGGAGCUGAUCGUAGUGAAGGCGCGGCCGCGUCAGACGUGGGGCCGCGCGGCGCUGGUGCGGCUGCUGCCGGCCGCGGGCGGCGCGCGUGCGCACUACCGCGUGGCGUACGGCGACGACGACCGGCUGUUCUCGCUGUCGAAGCGCGACGGCGCGUGGGCGCUGCGCCUGCGCAAGCACCUGAAGCCCGACGCCGUGCUGAGCCGGCAGCUGGAGAUCGAGGCGCGGUUCGUGCCGGCGCCGGAGCCGGGGCGCCGCCGAGGCCGGCGCGCGGCGGAGGUGCCGGCGCCGCUGCGGCUGUACGUGUCGGUGUCGGUGGCCCCGGACGCCGCGCGCUGAGCGGCGGCGCGGCGCGCUUGUACAUAUCGGUAUUAUGUCGCCAAUUAUUCUAGUGACAAGUUCAGGUAUUUACUUCGCUCUCGAAAACUUUGGAAAAUCUAUACAAGAGGUAUUUUUGUUCAAAUAAUGCAUUUCAAUAGACAUUAAAAAAUUUCGACCUCCUUAAAAUUCAAAGGUUUGUUAAAUUAUUUUAUAUAAUAUUAUCGACUGAUUCAAAACCGUACAUUCUUUCAAAAUUGUGUAAUGGAAUUUAAUAUUACUUCUGUGUACAUUUCAGUGCCAUAAAGUUACCAUUUAUUGUACUAUUGUUUCACUAGAGUAAUUGGUGAUGCGUAAAAUAUUUAAAUUCGAGGAUCACUGCCACUAAAGAACCAUUACUGCACUGCCAUUUUGAGUACUUUUCUAUUUCAAAUGUAUCGAUUUGAAUUUUGAAAACAAAUGGGAUAUAAAAACAGAUAAAAAAAACAUUUUUAAUUAUAUAACUUUUAUAUACUUUCAUAAAUAUUGGAUAAUUGGGAUGGGACUUGAUAUCGAUAGUCCCAUCUAAAAAUACAUCGAUAGACUGGUUCUUUUUGUGUGACGAAAUAUUAUGUGUCGACGAUUUUUAUGUAUGAUUUGUCCAGUGUUAGCGAAUUGUUGUGCCAAAAAAUAAGUGCCAAUUUAGUGUAAUCGACAAAACGAAUACAACGAAUCUUUUUACAUGAAAUAUGAUUUGCUAGAAUCUCUUUAUCUUCAAAAUCGUUUUUAAAGAUACGUUACGGAAAA